GGUGCGAGGAGCUCCAACACUUCAAGCAAGACGGUGGUUAGAGGACGACCGAAGGAAGCCCGACGCGAUUCGCAUCUCGGAACGCCGCGGGAGGUCGUGGCGGCACCUCCCCCAUGGAAAUCUUGGGGAGUGCUGAGGCAAAUUGGAUCGCUACGGGUCGAAAUCUACAAGAAAAAUAGAAUUCUUGAACUUGGAAAGAAGCAAUUUCGUGUGAUUGGAAGAAGCAAUCAUACAAGAACUGGAGUUCUGCUACUAUUAACGGGAGAUUAGGGACAAAUGGGGAAAGGAGGAGGUUGCUUCCAGAGCAAGAGGCGGCAGCGAGUGCCAGGGAUAGCCUCAGAUAAAGCAACCACCGUUGAGAGCAACGCUCACGUCCCCGCCCAGGAGAAGACCGAAGGCAGUGCAGAGAUCGUCGAACCUGCUGUACCGCCGCUGGCCGUGGAACGCAAGCUCAAGAUCUUCAUCGUGUUCUACUCCAUGUACGGCCACGUUGAGGCCCUCGCAAAGCAGAUUAAGAAGGGGGUGGAUGGCACCGAAGGUGUGGAGGGUGUCCUGUAUCGUGUUGCAGAGACCCUCCCAUCGGACGUCUUGGAGAAGAUGCUUGCUCCUCCCAAGGAUCCAGCAAUUCCAGUGAUAGCUGCCUCAGAGCUGGCCGACGCAGAUGGGAUACUGUUCGGGUUUCCGACGAGGUAUGGGUGCAUGGCGGCUCAGAUCAAGGCAUUCUUUGAUUCUACUGGACAGCUAUGGAGGGAGCAGAAGCUCGCAGGGAAGCCUGCCGGACUCUUCGUGAGCACUGGGACACAAGGAGGAGGGCAAGAAACCACUGCUUGGACUGCAAUCACCCAAUUGGCACAUCAUGGAAUGCUCUUCGUUCCUGUUGGAUACACCUUCGGAGCUGAUAUGUUCAAGAUGGAUGAACUCAGAGGUGGUUCUCCAUAUGGUGCUGGUACUUUUGCUGGAGAUGGCACGAGGAAACCUACCGAAGUGGAGCUCGCUCUUGCUGAGUACCAGGGGAAGUAUAUGGCUUCCAUUGUCAAGAGACUGAAUUAUACAUGAUUUAUCUGCUCAUAAUCUCUACUGGCAGACUGUGAUUCCCAGACCUUUGUCGUCGUGUAUUAUCUGCUUUUUCUUUGUGUUUUCUGAUGUUUUUAUAUUUUGUAUUUGCAUAUUGUUUGUGUCCAAAAAACAGAUUCAUAUGCUCUGUUUAUUAGCUCCAUGUAUUCUGC